AUGGAGUGUUCUUCGGCUAGUUUCCAGCACACGGUUACCGUAGAUUUCCUAGAGGGCUAUGCAUUACGUGAACCGACAUUUCAUCGUAUUCAUGCAUUUACGGAGCAACUAGCCGCUUUCGCACACCCUGCAAGUUCUCUUUCGGUCUCCUUGCCCUUAAUUGACGAACGUCGCCCAACGCCCCUAUCGAACACUCCGCAUUCGGUUCGCGGUGUUCUUGCUCGGAGUUACGUCAGGCUACUAAAGCAGGUUGAUGCGUACUGGGAAAAAGUUGGCUGGCAGCUGCAUUCCUUUCGCGACAAGAUAAACGAGGCUGCCCUAUUACCAAUUUUUCAGAAUGAGACCUGCACGCUUUCUACACGAGUUGUCGAGGUUGUCGAAGAAACAAACGCCAUAUGCUUAUCAGCGACACAGAACUUGACAGAACCGAUUGGCAAAGCUGCUUAUAAACUGCUGAAGAUCGAACAUUUGCAACUGAAGAAGCUCAUUCGUAGGAUAAAUGACGCGAGUGUUCUGUUGAGCCACUUGGAAGCAGAGGCUAAUCCGCACACCGAGUCAUUUUGGCCCAAGCUUUCCACCGAAGGGGCUGUUGCUGCAGCAUCCACUCGAGAAGAGCUUUCGAAUCUGAUUUUUCGCGUUCAAGAGGUCUGGCUAAAACAACUCGAGUUAAGGGAGAUCUUACGACAAUAUUGGACCAGUGCCAAUAAUCAGCACAAUUCCUCGGAUUGCAGUCCAGCAGAGAAGGGUGUCAGCGCUCCGGUAUUGUCGAAGGUAGCAGUUCGCAAGUUGUGCCAGCGCUUGCGGGCCUCAGGAUCUACUCCGAGCAUGCAAUGUCUGGAGUCAAUCAAGGGCACUGGGGCUCCCCUUCCUAAACACCGUCAUCGUUUCACAGAAAGUGGCGAGUCGGGCUUUGUGAGUGACUCGGACAACGUCCUGCGAAGGCGAAAAUGGCUUUCACUGCGCUCCUUGACCAAUGCUGCCGCCCCAGACACCGCCAUCUGCCACCGCUUUCGGUCGUUUUCGUUUCCGCCUUCGAACACUCAACGGAAUGAGUGCAUUCUAGUGACACGACUUUCCGAUUCUCCCAAAGCCGAGUCGAGUACAAGCAAUCGGAUGAGUUCUAUUGCGGAAAGCACUCCAGUUAGAGCAGCACAUCAACGCGCGCCUUUCGGCUCACCGACUUUGGGUCGCCCGGUUUUCACGGAAAAUCGCGCCGCCAUCAGACUUCUCUCGCCAUUGAGGACUAAGCCCCAACAGAUCGCCGUCAGCCCAAUUGCUUCGUUACGCUCCCACAUAAAUCCCGAGCGUGACAUCCCACUCGUCCGGACGCCAACUACGCCCUACUCUCGGAUGUGCGAAUCCACUUUCUCCAUUAUUUCCAGUGACGACGCAGCUGAAGGUGACUCCAUUGAUGCCGCGUCCCCGGGCGUCUCGCCAAGCAUGGAGGACGAAGUCGAUGAAGACGACCUCUCUUUCGAUCCGCAAAGACGCUUGUCUAGAAGCCUCCCUAUUCUUACUGAGGAACGACACGUCGUUCCGCCCCGCGUGUUGCGCUCUCCCGACUACUCUCUCAAGGGGGCUGGCGACUUUUUGGAGGAGUCGUCGGCGUACGUGCCCAUUUCUGUGCUUGACGACGACGACGAGGCGAACGCAACAUCUGAAGUGAACUUGGACUUCGGUCGCGCCGUUGGAGACGCCAUGGAUUCGCCCAGUCUGCCCACAUGGUCCCCGUUGAGUUGCAAGUCGAAAGAUCUUGCGAGUUUGGCGGCAGCACUUCGGUUGUCCCCCACGCACUCAGCCAGACUGUCGUUUAUGUUUCGUGACGGUUCAAGUCUGAAUGCUUGGCUCUCUAAUCUCGAGUACUCGUUGUACACACCCGCAGUGACUGCAAACUCCUUCGCCCCCUGCCGCCUACGACCCACCAUCCAUCGACCGGAAUUAGACAGGUGUCUUAGCGAACUUGAGUUUUACGGUCGGGAGUUGCAGUGCUGGCGCAGCGAACUGGACGAGCUGGUCAGGAAUCACCAGCAACGUUUGGCAGGACUCGAACAUUACGCCGACAAAUUGUUGGCGUCUGAUCAUGGGUUUUUGACUAUCGUUACCAGCUGGCUUGACAUGCUUAUUUCGAGGCGUGCAGAAGUUGAACGCGAGUUGAAGACGCAGUUGUGCAUGUUUGACUUCAUCAAUUCCGCCAAUCACGAGGCUGGUGUGAAACUAGUGGAGAUAUCCAAUCAGGCAGAACCGGUGCUCACAGAAGCCCGCUGUAUUAUGGACCAGCUGAGACACGCGAAUGGCUCAAUUGACAAGAGCUGUCACGUGUACAAGUCAACCUUGCGGCCAAAUUUGUCAAACAUCCCCGCGUUAACUGAAAGACUCCAGGAUCUUUUGGAAAAGGCCUCUGAACUGGGCUCUUACUGCAACCUUCUCAGUUGUCGGUCGGCAGGCGUCAUUCAUCUAAGCGUAUCUAGUCAGUCGUCGUCCUCGCUUGUUGACAAUCAGGCUCUUCGAGCCCGCCUAAGGUCUUCGUUGGCCAAUAUGCACAACCUGAUUGCAUUUACACCCCAGACAUUGACUUCGAAGCCCCCUGCUAAAUCGCCUCCUCAGGUGCCCUCACCGCCACCACCACCACCACAACAGCAGCACCAGGACCUCCAACAACUUGUGUUAUCUGCCGUGGCGUUCGGGUGUUCGCACAAAACCCUUUACACAGUUCUCCUAUUUAUUGUGCUUCCGCUCCUCUGUUGUCUGCUGACUUAUCUUACAUCGAUCUACCGCGACAGUGCUGCUGACGUUGCAGGGCGUAGCUACUUUGCCUCUGCGCCGUCGCAUUCUGUCUGCCUGAAACUGUUCUCCUUCCCCUCGUUUUGUCCCCUCCGUUACCACAUGCAACCUCCGCCCAUGUAG